CGCGGCAAACGUGUGCUCCCAACCACCAUGUCGCUCAAAUUAUUCGAAGGUGCCAUAACUGCCACAGCACCAUCCAAUCUAAUCGACGCAUCAGAUAUACGUCAAGUGCCCGAUACUCAAGAAGUCUUCUUGUUCUCGGAUUCCAGCGUUAGUAUUAUUGUCGAAAUUCUAGAACGAGUUGAGCCUACGAAUUACGAGGAGGCGAUCAAGUUUCAUUUUGACUCAUUAGCGCACGAUAAUAAUGCUUCAUCCGAGAAGAUCGACUCGAUAAACAUCAUACCUAACGACAGAGAAGAUAAUACUCCGUCUGCCAUCGUCCUUUCUGGCCGGCAAUCGGUUCCCAAGUACACUUGUACCCAACCCGACGAGGUCAGGAUAUAUAUGGCGCUCUAUCGUGUACCAGAAAAACCUAUCGAUCUUGUCGUCACCUUCAAUGUACCGGUCGCUUCUCUUGAUGGCGGUGCCGUCGAUGCAGAAGGCGUCAAGACCAUCGAACGACAUUUCGAUACAUUCGUACGAUCGUUACGUAUCAUAGACUUUAGACUUUUUGCAUGAAUAAGAUCAAUCGACUUGGAGAACACUGAUCCACAC